AUGAGCUCCAUUAUCGAGACUCGUACUUUGAGACUGCCGGCGCUCAUUCUGGGGGGCGCUGGGUUUAGCUAUCAAUUGCAUCCGGAUCCCAAGAGCAUACCGGUUUCCAAAAUCAUUCGUCGGGCUUUUGAUGCGGGCAUGCGAGCAAUAGACACAUCGCCUUACUAUGAGCCAUCUGAAGAACUGCUGGGUUCUGCACUUGCGAGCGUGGACGUGACCAGCAAAUAUUCACGAAGUGACUACAUCUUGAUGACCAAAGUGGGCAGGGUGUCCGCAGAGGAAUUCAACUACUCGCCCGAAUGGAUCCGAACCUCUGUUUCAAGGUCUUUGGAUCGACUGGGAACAUCAUAUCUAGAUGUGGUGUUUUGCCAUGAUGUGGAAUUCGUUUCGCCAGAAGAAGCCAUCGAGGCCGUUGGGGCAUUGUUUGAAUUAUCCGAUCGAGGUAUAAUCAAACACGUUGGAAUAUCAGGCUACUCUAUCGACCGUCUUAUUCACGUUGCCAAGGCUGUGCUGGAGAAAUAUCAACGACCUCUUGAUAUUGUGCAGAAUUGGAGCCAGUUGAAUCUCCUGAAUAGCCGCCUGGAGAGAUACGGGAUUCCGGAGCUACGCAAGGCCGGUGUGUCUGUGAUCUGCAGUUCGAGUCCUCUUGCCUCGGGGCUUUUGCGGUCUAGUGAUGUGCCGAGUGGGAAGCUAGGAGACUGGCACCCAGCGCCGGAGGGCCUUCGUAAGGCCGUGCGACAAAUAUCAAACUUUGUGGAAGCGCAAGGAUCAACUCUGGCAGCUUUGGCUCUGCGGUUCUCCUUGGCAAGGGCAUCUCGAGUGUCCCGGGACGGAGUCUCUGUUCACACCAUUAUCGGAAUAUGUUCUAUCGGUGAUGUUGAAGAGAAUUUGUUGGUGAUAGAGGGCAUGCUGCGUCCAAAUGGCGCGGAAAAUAAACCAAUUGCCGAUACUCUAGGUGUAAGCUCCUUCAGCCGAGAAAGGGAGACUGCGGAUCUUGAACUUCACAGACAGAUUCAAGAGACCUUGGGGGAAUGGGCAGAGUUUGAUUUUCAAACUGGAAAGAGGGUAUCUCGUAUUUAG